UCUAACAGGACUCAUAUAUUCAUGAGAUUUUCUGGAGUGGAGUGUGCAUUCUUAUAUUAAAAUUUUUGAUUGUAUAAAAUUUUCUCGUGCACAAGUUAUGGAAAACAAUCUGUGGAAUACGCUGCAGGAAGUCGAACAAGUCAACGUAUCUUUUAAGCAGACCUUGAGGAACAUUAACGAUAUCCAGAACCGAUACAAAAUGGUUUCGGCUUUGAAGAGCAAGGCCUCCAAGCGGAAGGCAUCCUUCGAGGCGGAGAUCCAAGCUGCUAUUACAGCACCGAAUCCGCCCAAGAAAAGUGCGGUCAAGAAGAGCAAGAUCAGUAUGGGAAAGAAGAGACUGGUCAGGAAGAGCAAGGCGAAUGUCAAGUUGAACCAGAGAAGUCUUCUACCAAUCCCUGCACCCAAUCUCACAUUGGACGACUUCCUGCAGGUGGAGGAGCCCUUUGUGUGUCUGGAAACCAAUUGCGUCUACGAAAUACACAAGACAACUACUCAGCUGGUGGCGCGGAAACCGUAUGGAGCUCUCAUCCGAAGACUGUAUCGCUUGGCCAGGAGGAAGAGGAACCAGGAACAGGAUCAGGAAGAGGAUCAGGAAGAGGAUCAGGAAGAGGAACUGGAAGAGGAUCUGGAAGAGGAGGUGUCUCCUGACUGGGAAAGCUACCACUGCUCCUGUUCAGCGUGCUGCAGAUCAAUUAUUUCUUUGCAUAUUUUUGGGCUUUCACAAAGCUUUGAAGUUUGUAGCUGUCAUUUUGUGUGAAUCCUUAAAUUUGUGAUAAUAAAUUUUAUUUGUCAGAAUGA